UCAGCCUGCCCUUCCUAUAGUGUUACUCAUGACACCAGAGAUGCUGCGUUUGCUUCUUCUGCUGCUGCUCUCCAGGCUAUGGCAACAGUCUUUGGCUGAGGAUCCAGAAUACGAAAUUAAAAUACAACAGUCUGUGACAGUACAGGAAGGACUGUGUGUCUCUGUGCCCUGCUCCGUUUUCUACCCUUGGAAUUCCCAGACACAAUCUGGCCCAGCUUAUGGCUACUGGUACCAGUAUGGAGUUGACAUUGCAGUGGAUGAUGCAGUGGCUACAAACGACCCCAGGAAACGAGUGCAGGAGAGGACCAAGGGCCGAUUCCAGCUCAUAGGGGACCCUCAGGCCUACAACUGCUCUUUGAGCAUCACAGAUGCAAAGAAGGAGGAUAGUGGGUCAUAUUUCUUUCGAGUGGAGAGAGGUGACUUCGUGAAACACAAUUUCCGAGAACAGAAACUUUUCCUGAGUGUUCCAGCCCUGACCCACACACCUGAGAUCCAGGUCCCAGAGAUGCUGAAAUCUGGGUCCCCUGGAGAGGUGAUCUGCAGCGUACCAUGGGCCUGUAAGAAGGGCACCCCACCAAAAUUCUCCUGGAAAGGACCUGCCAUCCGUUCCUCAGUCCGCAACGACCACUGGUCCUCAGUACUCACCUUCACCCCUCAGCCACAUCACCACGGCGCCAUCCUCACCUGUCAGGUGGACUUCCCCAGGGCUGGUGUAACAGUACAGAGAACCAUACAGUUCAAAGUCUUCUAUGCUGCACUCUCUGUGAAAAUCAGUAUUUUUUGGAGAAAUUGCACAGUGCCCCAAGUCCCAAUGACCAUAAGCAAUGACACAUCACUGAUCGUCCAGGAAGGCCAGUCCUUGCGUCUGGUCUGCAUGGCUGACAGCAACCCCCCUGCCUCUCUGAGCUGGUCAUGGAAGAGUAGGGACCUGAAUCCCUCUCAGGUCUCAGUAUCCGGGGUCCUGGAACUGCCCUCUGUAGGAGCUGAGGAUGAAGGAGAAUUUACCUGCCGAGUUCGUCACCCUCUGGGCUCCCAGGACUUGUCUUUGAACCUCUUUGUGCAGAGAAUCCCAUGCUUUUACCUGUGUGCAGCUGAGAACCAGGAUGGCUCCUGGCCCUUCUUCCUCACCCUCAUCAGAGCAGUUGCCAUGGGCGCUGGCUUCUUCCUCACCUAUGUCUUCACCUGGAUCUACUAUACAAGGUGUGGAAGUGCCCAGGAGCAGCAGUUUGUGAUGCCUCGCCGACCACCUUCUUUCUGAUUCUGGAGAGAGCUGUGGACAUGAAGCCCCAGUGGACAGGUGUGGGAACAUUACUGUCAGUAUUUCACUGGAAAUUCUCAAAUGGCGCCAACAGUGACCAUUGGAGCCCAUCGUCAAGAUCUGGUCCCUGUGUCUACGUCUGGUCCUCAGACAAAUCCCAGUUUUGCAGGACUUGUCCAAUUGCCACUCCAAAGCUCCCUAUUAGAUGCUUUUGUAAAUGGGGAAGGGAGGAGGGAUUGAAGGGAGGGUUAGGGGAUGGGAAAGAUCAAGUUAUAUCAUGUACAGGUACAAUUCUUGAUGCUGAUUGUGAUCAUUAUGUAUAUCUGAAAUGUACCAAUAAAAAAACCACAGUUACCAUGUUAGGACUGCCCUGUUUGUAAAUCAACCUGUGGAUUCUGUUGCAUAUCAGGUUAGUUCUCUUUCUCCCAUAAAUCCACACUUUCUUAUGAUCACCUACGGAGGGCAGAGGGAAGCUCAGGAUUGUCAUGGUUGCAAAUGCGGAUGAGAGCCAUGCCGUGCCUGAGGACAGGAAUCCCCAUCUGUGACCACACUGAUGCUGAGCAAUCAACUCCUCCUCUGUCUCUGGGCUCCACUGAAAGUUCCCCUUCUGUGCAUCCCCAGAGUAGUGUUGUGGACCCAGAGAACAUAGAUGCAUCUAUCCUUUUCCUACUCUCAUGCUUACACCCAUCAGGGACUCUCGUCCUCAUGGAGAUUGUGUUAGAUUUGGAAUAUGGAGAAUGAGACCUUGCUUAGUGUGUUACUCUUACAAGUGUAUCAUUCAGGUUUCUCCAGAGAAACAGAUGCUAGAGUGUCCCCAGAAGUGUACAUUGGAAACUUCAUUGUCAGGUAAUAUGGAAAUUGGACUGGAGGUUGGACCUUUGGGAGGUAAUUAGGAAUAGGUGAGGCUGUGAGAGUGGGGGCCCCAUCAUGGCAUUAGUUCAUCUAUGAGAAGAGGAACAGAGACCCCAGGCUGUGUGUUUGCUCUGUCUCAGCAUGUGAUGUCCUCUUCCUUGCUGCCUUGCAGCUAAGAGACCCUCAUCAAAUGAAAAGCUGAUUCCAAAACCGUGCCCCUUACCUUCCCAAACUCUGAAGCUGUGAUCCAAAUA